CCCCGUAGAGUUCCUGAGUUCCUGAGGCGUGCUGCGUCGGCAACGGUAGUGACGCGCUUUGCCGGGAGAAUGGCGGACUCCAGCAUGCGCCGCGUGAUUCCCAGCGACCUGUAUCCCCUAGUGCUAGGCUUUCUGCGUGAUAACCAACUCUCGGAGGUGGCAAAUAAGUUCGCCAAAGCGACAGGCGCUACACAGCAAGAUGCCAAUGCCUCUUCCCUCUUGGACAUCUAUAGCUUCUGGCUGAACAGGUCAACCAAGGCCCCAAAGCGGAAGUUACAGACAAAUGGACCAGUGACGAAGAAGGCUAAGAAGAAGAGCUCAUCCAGUGACAGCAGUGAGGACAGCAGUGAGGAGGAAGAGAAGAAAGUUCAAGGGCCUCCAGCUAAGAGGGCUGCUGUACCUGGCAAGCGGGCCAGUCUGCCUCAGCGUCCUGGAAAGGCUGUGGCCAAAGCUUCAGAGAGUAGCAGUAGUGAAGAAUCCAGUGAUGAUGAUGAGGAGGAGGAAGAGGAAGACAAAAAGAAAAAGGCUCCCCAGAAGGGAGUUAAACCCCAAGUCAAGGCAGCCAGAGCUGCUCUUAAGAAAGCCAGGAACUCUGAGUCGGAUUCUGACUCAAGCUCAGAGGAUGAGGCACCAAAGAACCAGAAGACAAAGACAACACCUGUGGCAGUGAAAACUCAGGCAAAAGCCCCACCCAAACCAGGCAUACCAACUCGAGUAGAUCCUAAAGUAACCAAUGGCAAAGCAGUCAGCAGCAGUAGCAGCAGCAGCAGCAGCAGUAGCAGUGAUGACUCAGAGGAGGAGAAGGCAACAGCCAUCACCAAGAAGACUGUACUUAAAAAGCAAGUUGUAGCCAAAGUCCCAGUGAAAACAGCUGUCACCCCUGCACAGAAGAGCUCUAGCAGUGAAGAUUCCUCCAGUGAGGAGGAAGAGGAGGAGAAAAAACCCAUUAAGAAAAAAACAGGUCCCUACAGUUCAGUCCCCCCACCUUCUGCUCCACCACUGAAGAAAUCCCUGGGUACCCAGCCACCCAAGAAAGCUGUGGAGAAGGUACAGCCUGUGGAAAGCAGUGAAGACAGUAGUGAUGAAUCUGAUUCAAGUUCUGAAGAAGAGAAGAAACCCCCAGCUAAGGCAGUCAUCUCCAAAGCAACCACAAAACCAAAUCCAGCAAAAAAGGCAGGAGGAAGCUCUUCAGAUAGCUCAGACACUGACAGCUCUGAGAAUGAAGCUCCUGCCCAGCCAGCUAGUACCAUCAAGAAUUCCAAAAGUAAGCCAGCUGCCACUCUCAAGCCACCUGUGGCUAAGCCAGCUACAAAUACUAAGCAACCUGCAGGCAGUGGCCAGAAGCCUCUGACCAGAAAGGCGGAUAGUAGUUCCAGUGAGGAGGAGAGCAGUUCCAGUGAGGAGGACAAUACAGAGAAGACUGUGAUCACCCCUAAGUCCAAGGUGACUGCCAAAACAGCACCAUCUCUCCUUGCUAAACAGGCUCCUCAGAAUGGUGGGGACAGCUCUGAUUCAGACAGUUCCAGCAGUGAGGAGGAAGAGGAGAAGACAUCUAAAUCCCCAGUUAAGAAGAAGCCCCAGAAGGCAGCAGGAGCUAUAACGCCUUCUAAGACAGCCUCUGUAAAGAAAGUCAAGGCUGAGAGCAGCAGUAGCUCUUCUUCUGAUGACUCCAGUGAGGAAGAGGAAGAAAAACCCAAGAGCAAGGGCACUCCUAAACAACAAGCCCUCAAGGCCAAUGGCACCUCAGCAUUGACUGCCCAGAAUGGAAAAUUAGGCAAGGACAGUGAGGAAGAAGAGGAGGAAGAGAAGAAAAAGGCAACAGUGGCAGUUUCCAAGCCAGGUUCAGGAAAGAAACGGAAGCAGAAUGGGGCAACCAAGGAGACAGCAACUCCUGAAGCCAAGAAGAUUAAGCUUCAGACUCCUAAUACAUUUCCGAAAAGGAAGAAAGGAGAAAAAAGAUCAUCUUCCCCAUUCCGAAGGGUCAGAGAGGAAGAAAUUGAGGUGGAUUCACGAGUGGCAGAUAACUCCUUUGAUGCCAAGCGAGGCGCAGCUGGAGACUGGGGGGAGCGAGCCAAUCAGGUUUUGAAGUUCACCAAAGGCAAAUCCUUCCGGCAUGAGAAAACCAAGAAGAAACGGGGCAGCUACCGGGGAGGUUCUAUUUCUGUCCAGGUCAAUUCUGUCAAGUUUGACAGUGAGUGACCUGGGGUCACCUUAGGUAAAACAAGGAUGAUGAUGGGAAGCCACUCAUCUUCUCAAGUGGACCUGGAAACCCUCAGCACUGUUAGUGGAGGGUCUUGGUGAGGACAGAAGGUUAGAGUAGGUCCUAAGACUUUGCAACAUUAACGUCCUCUCUGGUCCUUUUCUUUGUUCCUAGUUUUGUACAGAUUUGUUUUUGAGUGUUGAGUAUCAGGGACAACGUAAGAAGAAUGUUGUUUUUUUAAGAAAAUCAUUUUAGUUGUUCCAGUCUUCCUGUUCUGUGGAAGUCCUCAUACUAAGAAAUUUGUACAUUUUAUAUUAAAUCAUUUCUUAUUGAUUUUUGUUGUGAUUUUCAGAGGUGAUUUCCCACGGAUAAAAUCUUAAUUAUUGCUUAAGACAUGGUAAAAGGUCACAUGAAUUUUUAUAAUUGAAGACUUCUGCCCAUGUGAGUGUACAUGACCACAUUCACCCCUACUUUCCUCAGAGCCCUAGUAAGGGGAAUUUAAAGAAUGGUUAAUGUAUAUGUAUAGUCUGUUGAGCAUGCAUUUUAGUUCAUUCUCAUUCAUGUGUCUGGGACUGAAGCUUUCAGCCAGCAUGGACCUACCCAAUAUUUUGGGAUAAAAUUCACUGUUCUGUUACAGGCAGAAUUUUAGUGUGGUGUGAAUGCCAUGGAUCAAUUUAAAUAUUAUGUUUUCUGUGAUUUUUGUCGUUUGCAAUACAUUUGUUUUUUGUUUGAAAGCAAACUUUUGUAUGAUUGAACGGUAUUUUUCAACAACUUGACCCUUACUAAUGUUAUACAAAGUGGAGGACUACAUCUUCUCCUGUUUUUACAUUGUUGAAAAAAAAAAUCACAUGAAUUUUAUGUGAAAAGCACAUUUUACUUGGUAUUUUUGCCUUGGUAGCAGUGGUGACCCAGAAUUGAUUUAAUUCAUUCCUACAUGGUGGAGAAUUACCGAUCAAGAAUGUUGAAAAAAAAAAAAAAACUGUGAUUAAAAACCUCAGUCCUCAGUACAGGUAGAUUACAUCAGGUGAACCCAGAGGCAACCUUUAUAUGUUCUCACAUAGGUGGAAAAGAACCGUUGCAAAACAGAUGAUCUGAUAAAAUUAAGUAGAGUGGGAUUGGGAAAUCCUAAUAGAUUACUGUGUCUUCAUGUUGGUACAUAGGAGCAACUGAUUUGUUCAGUUCAGAAACUUAACACUGAAGUUAAUAAAAAAUCGGUGAGCA